UAGUGCCAAAGAAAGUUGGAGAGCGUGGGUGUGCACUCUAUGUCUAUGCAUACCAUUACUCGUCAAUGGGGAAAUGCAAUCGUUGUUCACCAUUCUUGAUUACAGCAUGGUCAGAUACAUUUGUCACUCUGACUAAUCAACACAAUGUGGAAAACAAUUCAACAUGAAACUACUUUAAUAGCAACUUUUAACAUGAGGUCCGGAUCUCUCUUGUAAGGAGAUAAGUGUUGGUCUUUUUGGAUAAACAUGAAUGGCUCCAACUACCAUAUAAAUUACCAGGUUUGGUCUUUCAUUUUUUUUCCCUCAACAGCUGUAGACAGGAUAUCUGUGACUGAACCUUUCCUAUUUAUAGCUAAUGAUGUUUGCUUUGUGUGAUGGUUGAAAGAGCCAUGCAUGCAUUGCUCACAUAGAUAAUGUUUAUCUGAAACAUGUUUUUCCAGCUCCGCUAGAGUUCAUGCCAGUACUAGGACCCCCUACUUGCCGUCUAUACCUCAAGUUGAAUUCACUUCCAUGUUUUGCUAAUUGAGAAAGAUAAUCGAAAGUAAUCUUGAUUUGAGUGUUAAUAGGCUGUUAAAAGCCUGCUUAAUUACUUGACACAUUUCUCUUCACCACCUGAUCAAUGGUUCAGUUCAGUGCAACUUUUUUUUACGUUCGUAAAUUUAAGCAUCUGGUCCCAGAUUUGUGGUUAGGGACUAACCUCUACUUCCAGCCAUCCCAGUUCUACCAGACCACUUCUCAUCCAGCUGACCCUGACUUUUCUUCCUGCAGUUGCAGGCCUCCAUUUCAUUGGCUUAUGCUCUUGGCACUGAGCCAAUAGGCACUAUGUAUAUAAACUCCUCAAGAGUGCUGAAAGACAAAGUCAAAAAGAAAAAGGGAAUCUUACGGUGGUGGACUCACUCAACAACACAUCAAAAGAAAAACAGAAAAUGUGUAGAGGAUUAGCUGCAUUACCCCAAUCAUGUCUGGAAAGGGCUAAAGAGUUCAAGUCUAAGUUGGGGGUUCUCCUCCAGAAGCCUGAGAAUGGCAUUGACCUGAUUAUCCCCUACCCCGAGAAACCAGAGAAGAAGCCAGAGAAGCUUCAGAAGCCCGUUCCUGAAGAGGCUGCUCAGUGGCGUGAGUCCCUGGACCAUGUGCUGACCAACAGCUAUGGCCUGGCCAUGUUCCGUGGCUUCCUGCGCUCUGAGUUCAGUGAGGAGAACAUUGAGUUCUGGGUGGCCUGUGAGAACUUCAAAAAGACCAAGUCUCCCAUGAAGAUGACUGUGAAAGCCAGAAAGAUCUAUGAGGACUUCAUCCAGACCGAGGGACCCAGAGAGGUGAACAUUGAUCAUUACACCAAGGAUGUGACCCUGAGGAAUCUGGUUGACCUUUCCUCCACAACCUUUGACCUGGCCCAGAAGAGAAUUUAUGCUCUGAUGGAGAAGGACUCCUUCGGCCGCUUCCUGAGAUCCGAGAAGUACCAGGAGCUGGUUAAUUAAGAAGAUGAUUGCAAAGUAAGGGUAAAUUCCAAACCAAUUGGUUAUCAUUUGAAGUGGAAUUAGGCCUUUAAAAUUAUUUGAUGGAACUGACUUAAGCAAGACUGCAGGUUUGAUAACUAAGGACAAACAUAAAGAUAUAUAGACCUCAUUCUAAACCACAUUGACUCCAUAUUUCAAAUGACUAAUUACUACUAUAUUUGUCUUAUAUAGCUGUAACCAAUCAACAUUUUACAAGUCAAUUAAAAAAGUAAAGAGUGUGGAAACACAAUAUGACAAUAUGACAUUAUUUGUAAAAUGUUUACUCCAACUGAGAGACAAACAAACCACCAAUCAAUUAAACAGUGAUUUAAACAAAUACAUUUGAACAUCACCAUUUCUUAGAAAGAUAAACCAAUGGUCAUAAUUAUUGCAGACAAAGUAAUCUUUAAUGAUUUUGUCCCAUAGUCUAAAUAAAAAGUGUAAAUAAAUAGUCUAAAUAAAAAGAUCAUAGACAGACAGAUAGACAGACCAUAUCUGUACAACAACUUUCUCUGGAAUAAAAUACCAUUGGCUUUCAGAGUUUCUGGGGAGGAGAAUAUGACCUCUGCCUUGAGACUCUUAGUGACACAUCCAGUACCCAUCCAGUGUUCUAAAUGGGGGAGAAAGGGUGAGGGACUUCUUGGAACCGGACACUCUAGUGUUCCCACAGCCAAGUAGUAAACAGUCUAAGAAGAAAAGACAUACAGUAGAAACCAGGUGCCUUGAGAAGCUGUGAGAAUGUGUCCCCAACCAUGCUCUCAUGCAAUCCUUGGGACAAGUGGUAGGCAGUUUGUUGAGUGGCUUACGGACCACUGUAUUGUACGUUGAUAAGAUGGGAAUACCGAGUAAGAGUGGAUCUCAUAAAAGAAUAGAACUCAGUAUUUUCUCCAAAUAUUUUUUUUUUUUGGUGGGGGGGGUGAACUAAUUGAAAAUCAGUAAUUUCACCUAAAGAUAGCAAUGAAGCAUAGGAGAUGAGUAAAGGACACAUACCCAAUACAUCAACAUCAUAAAGUUUUGUGACUUUUCUAGCAUAACAAAAUAUAAAUAUAUGCACUCCAUUAUGAAUGAACUAAUCUUAUCAAGUAUUUCUAUACAGCUUUGAGCAUUUCUGUUUAUCACUCACCAUUCACUAUCAUAACUAGUCUUCACACCUUUCAUGGUCUGAAAAGUAGAGGUGUAUCGGUAUGAAAAGGCUCUUGUAGUACGCUAUCUCAGUCUAGUGUAGCAAUGAUAUAAAUACCUUACAUUGUGUUUCUAUUCUGCACUUGCAUGUUUUUAUAUAUUUUAAGGGUGCAGCUGUCAUAGCCACAACAUUGGAGUAUUAUUACACAGCAACUCAGUACCUAUACAAGUCCAUAUUGUUGCCCAAUACACACAAUUCAACUUACUGCAACACUGCAGGUCAGGAGUUGACAAUAUGGUCAUUGUAAUGCAUUGAUUGUCCAAUAGAAAAUGUCACUUGAAGCUAAAAUGUUCGAUCACAUACUUUGCAAUCACUUGGCACGGUACACUAAUAGAGUUUAUUAACGAUAAGGCAAUUCCACUUUGACAGAAUGAUGCUGAGACUUUUCACUUUAAAACGUAUGCCAAACAAAAACAAUGACUGCAAAGUUCAACCAUACAACUCUAUGUUCAAGGACUACUUUGAACCAUUUCCACUGACUCAUUUACUUGAAGAACAGCAGAUGCAAAGUUUGGUAACAGAAUAACGGUUUGUCCUGUUUGUGCCAUCCUUCUUUUACUAAACGUUGCAUCUGCAGUGUUCUUCAAGCAAAUGUGUUUUUGAAACGUUUCAGUGUUUUUGAAAUGUUUUCAGUGGAAAUUGUUAAACAAUCGUCCUAAUACAACGAUAGUUGCAUCGUUGUAUUCUCUUACUGUGGAAUUUCCCAAUACUAACACAACACAACAUGUUUCUGAUGUGGCAUUGAUAAGUGUAUCUGGUUGCAUAGAUUGGCCAAUCUACUGCUAUUGCUCGAGAUGUUGUGCCUUCAGUGAAAACACUUAUGGACCGAUGACUUAUGGAGCUAAUAUCUGACACAUGUAUUAUUUGUGGUCAACCACAUAAAAGACAUCAACACAUUAAAUUCCUGAAGAUGUAGUUAUUUUUCUCUGUAAAUAUCUACCAGUAUUUAGUAGUAUUUGUGUUGAUUAAGUUGACUACCCCACUGGACUGAAUGGGAGUUGUGGCCAAGAGAGGACCGAUUGAAGAGUAUCCAGGAGAGAACCAUGUAUUUUAACUCUCAUAAAAGAGAAAACAUCUGACUAUCUGUUUUAUUAUGCAAUACCCAUGUGUUUUUUACUCUUUUUGUGAUCACAAGUUUAUCGUUUACUAAAGAAAUCUCUCAACAUAAGGGAUCAAUAUUACACAGAUACAUAAGGGAGAGUGGGGUAAGUUGAGCCAAAGGGGUAAGUUGAGCCAUCCUUGUUUCUAGGAAACCAUAAAGUCCUCCCAUAAAUAACAAUUUUGUGAACUAACACUCGCACUUGACUUUUUCCCCCCUUUACUAGCUCUGACUUCACUUACAGCUACUUUAUUUAAAACAUUGACUUACUGUGACUGUGAUAUGUGGUUGUCCCACCUACAGUAGCUAUGAAUGCACAAACUGUAAGUCACACUGGAUAAGAGUGUGUGCUAAAUUAAUAAAAUGAAAAUGUAAAAAUGUUGACCAUAUAUUUAAAAAGAGUUCAUCAUUUUAUGGAGUUUGUGAAGGAAGAAACCACAUGGGAAAAGUGGUAAGCAAGUUUGGUCCAAAAAACGGAUUUUCACCAAGUCAUAUUAAUUUACUGUGUUAGAGGUAUCAUGAUUCUUGUAUCUAAACCAAAGUAGAUCAUUUUAGGAUUGUUCUAUAAAUCAGUUGGGGGUCUUUAUAAGCUUGAAUAUGAGGUCCUAAACCUAGCAUGAAAGUGCAUCCUUGUAGCUGUUUGGGCUAUAGACAAAAUAUUUGCCUUGGGUUAAGUUGAGCCAGUAGUCAUGGGGUACAUUGAGCCAAUGGUUGAGCCAAUGGCAAAUUGAAGUGUUUUUUUCCAAGGCAUAAUGCAAGGGAUUAUCACUGGGAUACAAGGUCAAAAACAGGGCCUGGCCUAUAUUAAAAGUGUUUUUUUUUAAAUACAGUGUUUGUUAGGUGUUAAGGCUGUGUUAAUGCUUAAAAUAAUAAAAAUACAAAAAAAUCAA